GUAGAAAAAAAAUCUUUCAUCAUGGCUGAUUUUGUUGGACCAACUUCACCAAGUACGUCCAAAAAACCAAAAUUAGAUACUGUUUUUGAAAAAUUUAGGGCACAAUUUAAAGAGUUGGAUCAGUUUAAAAGUGCGUACAAUUCGUUGUGUUUUGACAGACGAAAUCCACUAAUUGCUCAGGAAAUAACAUCAUGCAAUGCUGCGGCAGGUUAUGGAAUAAGCUUUUCUCGAGCAUCGUGCGAAACACGUCCGUAUGCGGAUGAGAUAUAUCCAUUUGGAAUCAUAUUCACGGAUGCUAUUAUGUUAUUGAAUAACUUUUUUACCAAACCUGAUUAUGUUCCCGACAACAAGGUCUCCAGGUUACUUCUGGAAAAAUUGAUUCAUUUUUUGAUGGACGAAAAUUCACAUGCCAUACUAAAAAGAAUACAGAGAACAGAUCUAUCGAAGACUGAGCUAAUGAUUGUCUUGGCUGAACACUUUUUUAGCAAGCUUUCACUUUCUGACACAUAUACAAUGGAUCAUUCUGCGAAAUACAAAGGCAUUUCUCUUUGCAAAUGUGGAUCAUGCAAACCAGAAUUUGUUUCACCUUGUUUUGGCGACACAAGUGUAGGGAAUCCAGAUUGCUGGCAUGGAUCUUUAGAUAUCCUCCUUGGAAGUAUUGAGUCUUUUGUACAUGUGGCCCCACCAGAGGAAGAAAUCAGCCCAGGUGGCAGAGCAUCCAUAGAGGUGAAACCCAAAAGUGUAGAAGAAAGAGGGUUCCGUAGCCAGACUUUAGCUCAGAUCAUUGUAUUUUCCUUCCUGCAAAAGCAAAGACAUCCUAAUCUAGAUAAUUUUCUUAUUCCUUGUAUGGCAGCAACUAGAAAAGAAAUCAAAAUUUAUUUUUAUGACAGCAAGCAUGAUAUCUUGCUUGAAAGUAGAGGCAUUAAGCUACUGGUUGAGAUACCUGGCUCAAGAUGUCAAGUGAAUUAUGAGGCAAUUCUUGCUGCAUGGCUUGUUCUGAAUUAUAAAUAUUUAUGUAGUGGACCUCAUGAGUCAUUACUCGAAGCUCCAAAAGCAAAUUUUUUUAGCCUUGCUUCAUCCAGCCUUGAAAUGUAUGAAAAAGAUCUUGCAUUUAAAAAUGUUGUUGCAGUGAAUGCUUUUGCGGACUAUGACUUUAUUGACAUUACAAAGCCUAAAUUUGUUUGGCCAUCAAAUCUACCAUGUCGACCAGUUAAUUCAGAAAGUAAGUAGAUGGAGGACAAUGAUUAAAAUUUCAUUAUCUGUAUAUCAAAUAGAGCCAAAUAAAAUAUCAAUUUAACAAAUGAUUUGGAUGAUUAACAUUUCAAAUGUAAUGGGCCUUCAUUAGAAAAUGUCAUCAAGCAUGUACUUCAAACAUUCAUUUGAAAGCUUGAAUCGGUAGCUUAUAUUUACAUUGUAUUUUCAUAACUUUCAGUUUUGUGUAUGCACAUUGGCUCAUGUAUGUUAGUCAACAUGAAAUUGUACCUGAAACAAAAUAUAUCUGAACCAUAAUUCAAAUUUAAGAUACAAAGUCCAUUGUCUAUUGUGGAAACUAUUAAAAAAAAUUCCAGAU